GCGAUACGGCAUCGUCAGUGGCUGCUGAAACUUGAUUGUUAAACAUGUUGUUUGCUGUCUUCUGGUUCAUGCUUAUUUUUAACGCGUUUCAUAUUACUUCUACUUCUCCUAUUGGUGGUGAUGAGUUGUUACUCCCUAGUUACGUUAGUAAAUGUGAGGAAGGAUGGACAUUAUUUCAAGGAAGCUGUUAUAAACAAUAUUCUACCCGCAAGUUAACGUGGCAAUCAGCCAGAAGUUCUUGUCAAUCUAAUCAGGCAGAUUUGGUCGUGGUGAAAAAUGAUGCAGAGAACAACUUUCUUUUCACGACUUUUAAAACAAGGGUGUGGAUUGGCUUGACAGAUUUGGAAUUGGAGGGUACAUUUAAAUGGAUAACGACGGGCACAGAGCCUUCCUACACAAAUUUUAUUACGGGUGAGCCAAACAAUCAAGGUAAUGAAGACUGUGUUGAAAUUAACUCUGUCCAUAAAGGAGAAUGGAAUGAUUUACCAUGUAGUAGAUAUUUGAACUACGUGUGUGAAAAGGACAACGAACCACCCAAACUCCAGUGUCCACAGAAAACAUCUAACUACUAUACAACGAACUACGGCAGUAUAAUUUAUGCCACCACCGACGACGGAAGCCCUAAUGGCACUAUAACAUGGACUCCACUGGUUGCUGAGGAUAAUAGUGGAAUCCCUCCUACUAUCACAAAUUUCCCUUAUGAGCCUGGUGAGGUGUUCUCAAUGAAUGGAUUUCCACCAUACACGACAACAAUAAGAGCAACCGACGAAUCGGGAAACUCAAAAGAAUGUCAGAUUCAUUUUGUUGUUGUUGACAUUGAAAGUCCUGUUGUAAUUUGUCCAUCAUACUCGAACAACUUUGUUGCAAGAUCAUCGGAAUCUUCUUGGUCAGUGUUCACUGACGGAGAAUCCAGAUCUGCUCGCUUAUAUUGGUCACCAGCCAAUGCUACCGACAACACUGGCACUGUGGUGUCUGUUUAUUCGAAUCAUAAUCCCGGUGACGUAUUUCCGCUCAGUAGUGUAGCCCAUCAAAUAACGUACACAGCAAUUGAUGGAGACAAUAAUGUGGGGAAUUGCUCAUUCUUUAUAACUGUUAAAGAAUUGGAAAAUCCGUCAGUCAAAUGCCCCUCUCAUUUACAAGUUUACACGGAUGAUGGAUCAAGAUUCGCUUUUCUGUCAUGGAACAUCACGCUCAAUGAUAAUUUUGCAGUCGUUCAUUAUAUGUCCAACGACUCCCGUGUUGUGCCUGAUUAUCUUACGCUAAAUCACACAAGUAUCACUUUAGCACAGAAUGGCUCCUUUUCUAUUGGUACAAAUCUGGUUGAAUAUGUGGCGACUGAUAUGUCUGGAAACAUAGGAAAAUGCUUGCUUACAAUCACUGUCACAGACAAUGAAAGACCGUCGAUAACUUGUCCCAGUAGUAUUUCAAAUUAUUAUGACCAUAUAUUUGCUUUCCAUCGCCUUGUUGCUGAUUACGGUCGGCCCUACGCAACGGUCACAUGGUCUCCUCCAGAAUAUUACGACAACAGUCAAGAGUCUGUCAAGUGGGAAAGCUUUCCGUAUACAUCAGGUGAUACAUUUCGUCUCCAACAGUUCCCGCCUUACAAUGUAAAAUUUACUGCAUCAGAUAUGUUUGGCAAUAACAGAUCCUGCGACAUAUAUUUUACAGUAAUAGACAUUGAAGCACCUAAUAUCACGUGUCCAACAAACAUUACAAACUACUACGACACAUACUACGGCAUUAUCAGGGCUGCACUUGAUCCGGGUUCUUCUACGAGCACAGUCACUUGGGAUGCUCCUACUGUAUCUGACAACAGUGGACGUCACGUGAAUGUGACGUCAUCGUACCAAUCUGGUGAUAGUUUUCCGCCUAGAUUCUAUCCACCAUAUGAAGUGGAGUACAUUGCUGAAGACGAGUCGGGAAACAAGAAUUCCUGCAAAUUUUACUUUCUCGUCACAGACUAUGACAGUUACGUAACUUCCAAUAGUGGAACUGUGAAUGAACAUACUAUUACAUCUGCUGUUAAGGGUGUUUCAUCAACUUUGUCAACAGUAACCAACAUGGAUGAGUAUAACACUGAUAAAUAUAAAAACGUGACAGAGUCAGCACUGGAAUCGGCAUCUUCAUUAGCAUCACGCAUUUCAAUGUCAUCAUCGUCGUCGUCGUUAUCAUCAUCAUCUUCAUCAUCAUUAACCAAACAAGUACCUGACCAACAAACAACAAAUUUACAAUCCAACUUUACAUUUUUAUCGACGAAAAUGAAUAUUAAUAGCCAACCAUUUCCUACCACGGUAGACAGAGCUUCCAGUCUGCAAAAUGAAAAUGUUGAUACUUCAUAUGAUGAAUCUGUUCCAACUGUACCAAGCGAAGUAUUCAUUUCAAAGAACAUAUAUAAGACAGCAGACGAUAAUAUAUACAACUCUACAUCAUCAUAUAACAUCAUGACGUCACGUCUUGCAGUUCGAUCCAAAAUAAAAAGUAUUAACAACAAUGGCAUUGGUGGUGUUACCAUAGCUAUGAUAUGUUUGUGUAUAUUGGGAGUUUUAUCGUUCUUUAUCGUUAUUACCUUCAUCAUCAAAAAGAAAAGACAUGAUAGGCCUAAAUUGGAUACUAAACUUCAUUCUUCAAACCCUAGCGUAUUAGACUUUGAAAACCCAGCAUUUGAAAUAUUUGAUUUGCAGAACCUGGAUAAAGAAUUGGUAGUGUCCAAAUCUGAAGAAGGCCUUUCAAGCUGUGAAUACGUCUAAAACUACAACAAAAGUUGUGAAACCUAAUCAAGAAAAGAUUGGGAUUAGAUAGUAUAGCAAAUUAAUACUAAAACACUCUUUAAGUGUGUAUUAUAUAUUCAAUUCUCAUAAUUAGGCCUAUAACAAAUUUAUAGCAAUUUAAUGUUAUACUGUAUUUCAUAAUAUAUAAAAAAAAAUCCCUGAAACAUUUAUUUAAAACACAUUAAUAACCUUUCAAAAUAAUAUAAGAUUAAGCUUAAUUUACAAUAAUAAACUGAUUGUUUUCCUCCGAUUCAUAAGCCAUUUAAUGAAAACAUGUAAAUUUAUUACCAGCCAAUACAAGGAAUAAAUUCGCCACAUUGCGAACUCAACGUUCUCGCGCAUGCGCAGAUGACUUCUUAGUGUGUCAUUAGAUGCUAGGUCCUACCGUCCAAUCGGAAGCUUCCUAUUAUUUACCAACAAAGCUCAGCACAGACGGUGUAUCUUUAAGUACACAUUAUUAGAAUGAUUUUUCUAUGGUAUGCAUUCGAAUAUGUUAAUUGAAUAUCUUGCUUUGUUAUCUAGUUUGGUAUAUAAAUUUAUUUUUAAAUUCCGAAGUAGAAGUUCAGUAAUAAAAAUUCAGUACUGUGAACUUAUAGGCUCAAUAUAUUAAGAUAUAACAUCUCUUUAACUUAUUAAUCACCUCAAUGCAAAACAUUGACAUACAAGAUUAUUUCAUCAUUUUUCUUUACAAAAAUACGGUGGUUGGGAGGAUAUACUCAUCGAAAUAUUUAAAUAUAUAGCAAAAAAUGAAGAAAAUACUAGUCACUUAAAUUGCACCAGCCUGUUAAUUCUACAAAUUAUUAAAUAGAU